UUUUUGUAAAGGCUGGCAGCUGAUUUGUUUAUUAAAAAGUCUAUUUUUGAAAAAAAAUCAAAAAUCAUUUUUUUUCGUACCCAAGCUGACAAAAAAAAAAGAAAAAGUCAAGAAAACUUAAAAAAGUAUAUCAAGUUUAUAGUAGAAUGGGAAAAAAUCUUUUGGAAUUGAACCAAACUGUUACAAAUUUUAAACAAAGUGUCAUUAAUCCAAAAGAUAUUGUUGAAAUUUCAAGAUUACCAAAUGAAUCAAUCAGCUAUUCAGAAUUUUACAGUAAUUAUAUGCAAAAUAAUAUACCAGUUAUAUUUACAAAUGUAUCUAAUGAAUGGGAAUGCCGAAGAAAUUGGAUAGCAAUUAAUUUAGAAAAUAAAUAUGAUUUAAAUAUUGAUUAUUUAAAGCAACAUAUUGGCAGGGUACGAGUCCCUGUUGUCGAUUGCUCGAAAAAAUAUUUUAAUUCACAUGAAAAAUUUGAAAUGGAUUUUUUUGAAUAUUUAGAAUACUGGUCCUCUCGUACUAAUUCUUUAAAUAUAAAAUGUCUUUAUUUAAAAGAUUGGCAUCUUAAAUCUCAAAUGCCAUAUUAUAAUUUUUAUAGAACACCAGAAUAUUUUGCAUCUGAUUGGUUAAAUCAAUAUCUUAUUGAUAAAGAGAAAGAUGAUUAUAGAUUUGUUUAUAUAGGUCCACAGGGUUCAUGGACACCAUUUCAUUCUGAUGUCUUUCAAUCAUAUAGCUGGUCAACAAAUAUUUUUGGUAUGAAAAAAUGGAUACUUUUACCACCUGGUGAAGAAUUAAAAUUACAAGAUGGAUUGGGAAAUUUACCAUUUGAAAUUGAUGAAAAUUUAUUAACACAACGAAAUUGUAAAUAUUUUACAAUAAUACAAAAUGAAAAUGAGGCAAUAUUUGUACCUUCUGGUUGGUAUCAUCAAGUUUGGAAUAUAACUGAUACGAUAUCCAUUAAUCAUAAUUGGUUUAAUUCAAGUAAUAUAGAAAAAAUAUGGUUCAGUUUAUCAGAGAAUAUGAAAAAGGUAAUUAAAGAAAUACAAGACUGUGUCACUAUGGAUGACUUUAAAGAACACUGCCAAUUAAUGCUGCAAGCAUCAUUUGGAAUGAAUUAUUUUGAUUUUUUAGACUUAUUAGAAUAUAUUGAAAAGAAAAGCUUAAAUGCUGUAUUCUUUCGUGAUGAAAAUAACCACAAUGCAAUUACAUUUGAUUCAUAUAAAUUAAAUUCACAACAUUUCUAUAUUGAUUUAAGGUCUAUUAGACAUGUAGUAAAAUUAAUGAAAUUAGAUCCUAUAAUACGUGAAGACAUGGAAUUUUUAAACAGAUGUUUACAUUUAGAAAAUGAAACACAUUUAUUCGAUGGUGUUGUUGAAUAAAAAUAUUUUACAUUUUAUAAAGUGAAAUUAUAUUUAGUUUGGAUGAUUUUUGAGUUCGUAUUUUAAAAUUAUUUUGUUAGACAAUGUGAUGAAUAUUAUUAAUUUUUUUAUUAUUAUUAUUAUUAUUAAGAUAAUGAAUACUAUCUCAAAACAUCCUUUGUUGUACAAUAUUAUAAUGCAAAAUAAA